CAAUCAGUGUCGCUGUCGACACGACGCAGUUCUGAGAACGGGGCUUGAUGCAUCAUGAAAUCUGAUCUGAAUCGGAUGCUGGAUGAAAGAUAUACAAAUAUUGGACUCUGUGAUUGGACUACAAUGAGCAUAGAUAUCAAGAACGUAAUAGGAAAACUCUGCAAAUUACUUAAUUUAAUAUAUCAAACUAAUUUAAAACCAGAGUAUUUCCGUUUAUCCAAGUUUAAUAAAACUGAUGAAAAUGUGGUAAUCAUCAUUCCUAAAGGUGAGUGUAUUAUGGAAUCUUCUAUUUAAAAUGUUAAAUAAAAACAAUAUAUUAGAAGUUAAAGGCACAUUAGCUGAUUUGAAAUAUACAAGGAAACAAUUUUAUUUUAAUACAACAGAACAUUGUGGAAGCCGGGAACUACUUCUGGCAAUUAGUUUCAUUCUAUGUUUGUGCUUAAAUAGUCAGCUCGAAAAACACUUAGAAGUAUCAGUAUUCUCUGAAAAUUAUUUCUUUGAUAUUACAAGUAUAGAAAAUAUUUCGUUAGACUUUGAUAAGUUAAAUGAGGAGGAAUUACAAAAUUUUAAAAAAUGGAUUGAAGGAAAAAUAAGUUCAAAUGAAAAUAUGAUUUAUGAAUAUAGUCAUCAAAUUACACAAAUGUACAAUAAGCUUAAUAAUAAUCUAUGUGUUAAAGCCAACGGCUCAUUAACAAUAUUUGAGCUGCUAGCAUUAAAUAACCAAUCAUGUACUGAGCACUUUAUUAAUAAUUCUGAACCUGUAUUACAUCAAUUAAAUGCUUAUACAGAAUGGCUAAAACAUGAAAAGAUUUUCUGGAAAUGGAUGGAAUCUGUAUUAUAUGAAGAACGAAAAGUAUAGAAUGCAAUUUCUUUUACAUGUGAUUUUUUAAUUUAUUUACACAUAAAACUCAAAAAAUUUGUAUACAUAAAUAUAUUGUAGAAAUUAUUCCAAA